AUGGAGCGCGUACAGUUCCAGCAAGAGCAGAUGCUCGCAGAGCUGAAGGACCUCGUCCAGAAAGGUCUCUUCACUCAAAAAGAAGCAAAGCAGAUCAUGCAGAAACGCACUGCGUUCGAAACUGCACUUGUUCGUCGGAUUCCGAAGAAGAGCGACUUCCUCCGUUAUGCAACCUACGAGAUGAGCUUGGAGACAUUACGAAGACAGCGUGCCAAACGUCUCAACCUCGAAAAGGGUUCGCCUACUAUCUCCGACUACGCCCUCGUUCGACGGCAGUUCCAGAUCUUUGAGCGCACCUUGAAAAAGUUCAAGGGUGAUGUGGGUUUGUGGAUCCAAUACAUCCAAGUCGCGAAAAAGGAGGGCGCGAGGUCUUUAGUGGGGCGUAUCACUGCAAGAGCCCUGCAACUCCACCCCGGUGUGCCGUCUCUCUACGUGUUCGCUGCGUCCCACGAGUUGGAGCACCUUUCUCCCUCGGCCGCGCGGGCACUACUGCAACGGGGCCUCCGAUUGAACGCCAACAGCGUCGAGAUGUGGCGGGAAUACGUGCGAAUGGAGCUCGGGUUCGUGGAAAGUUUGCGCCGGCGAUGGGGAGUCCUAGGGAUCGACGUCAAGGGAAAGGGCAAGGAGGUGGGAGCGGACCACGCCACGGGUACGGAUGGUGGAGCGAACGACCCUUGGGCCGGGCUGGGAGACGAAGAUGCGGAGGCUGUUGGCAACACGUUGCCCAUGGACGUCGACCCAGAGGAAGCUGAUGAAGACGAAGCCGCACGGAGGGAAAUCAUGAACGGGGCGAUUGUGCGGUCGGUCAUCUCGAGCGCGGUCAAGGCGAUAACCAAGGUCGAAAUGUUCGUCGCACUUCAUGAACUAAUAUCGACAUACCCUUCACCUCCUCCCCUCAAAGAAUCGCUCCUCGAUCACCUGCAUGAUCUCCUUCACAAGACUCUACCUUCUCACCCUGCCGCGAUAAAAUUAUCCUCAACACGGCGACUUACCCCUGAUCUUUCCGGCGAGCCGCUCCAACUUUCGGCGAACGUGAGAAAGGCCGUGGAUGAUGGCGUUCCAGGCCUCGCCGACGUGUACUCGGAUUUCCUACUAGAGUGGUGCGAGAAGGACGUUGAUAACAGCCUGAAAGCCUACUUGAUCACCCCGGCUCCACCUGUACUAGUGGCGGCACACAUACGGUUGCUCGUGACAUAUCACGCGUCCCUUGGAUCUGCUUUACUGCCCCCCAAGGUGAACACGCCUGACGGAAUCCUUCGCGCUUCACGUAGGCACACUACCAAGACACCCGCAAGCGCAACCGUAUGGCAAGCACGUUUAGACGCCGAACGCCAGUUUGCCGAGCCCGAAGCCGUCAAACGUGCAUGGGACGACGCGCGACGACAAGUCCAGGGCGAAGGAUGUCAGAAAAUUUGGUUGUGGGGUCUCGAGUCGCACAGCCUAUCACGUCUUCUGUCCCUUUCUUCCGCGGUCCCAGGAACCAAGGAAGGAAAUCUGCUCGUCGACCCAGAAGCGACCGCAGAGGUCGAGCUCCUCGAGCAAUUGCUGCACGAGAGCCAGCUUAUCCGGGAACCGGUCGUGGCGGGCGCGAUCCACGAGGAGCUCCUGAUACGGUACGCGGCAGCGUCGAACCGCGCGCUGCCGCAUCACCCGCACGCCCCGCCACGGCCAAGCUCCACGUCGGCGAUGGCGCCUCGAUCGACCCGCGUCCCCGCGAUGACGCCCGAUCGCGCGAUCUCGAGCCCUCGCACGCCUUCUCUCCGUGUGGGGACUCGCGCGUCGAACGCGGAGAGGGACGCGGAGCUCGAGGCGCGCCUCGCGCGCGUACAGAAAAUCGGCACCGCGUACCGGCCAACAGCGCGGGUGUGGGCGGAGCUCUUCGCGCAGGAGACCUCGCCCGCGCCCGCGUCACACGCGCGCAGCGGAGGUGGUGCUCCAAGUGCAGCAGAUACCGCCGGUGACGAUCCGAGGGGUUCUGGCGCCGACUAUUUUGGCGGCGACCGGCGUGUGCUUGAGGUCAUUUAUGAGCGCUGGCGGCGCUGCGACGGGGUGGCGGCGAUGUCCGCGUGGGCCGCAUGGCUACUGCGGAGUGGGGACGGCAAGGAGGCGAUUGCGGUCGUCGCUAGGGCGCGCGGAGUGUUGGGCGAACAAGACGGGUUGGAGGUGGAGCGGCGGUGGAAGCGCGUGCUCGAUGGGGACACGGCGGACGAUGGCGCGGAAGAGGAGGAUGUCGAGGAGGUGUAG